GCCUACAACGACAACGCUGCUACCGGUAGUGGCACGGGGCCCACGCUUGACCCUUGACUCGCUGCUCUGCAUUCUAUGCGACGCUGGAGACUCUACUGGCUACUCGGACCGUCUACAACCCUUCACUGCACUCGGACACGUGUGUGUGUGUGUGUGUGAGAGAGAGAGGACUCUCCACUGGCUGCUUGAACUCUCGACUCCCUACGCUACAAAUACACACACUCAUCACGCGCACACGUACACAGACACACGUAUAUACAGACACUCGUCACAUCAGGAGUACAUUUUCGAGCGCGGUUUGUGCGGACAUGUGGUCGCGAAGCUGUUGCUGGAGGUUGGGCUCUGCAUCGUGAAGGGUGAAGACGCUGAGGAUUGGGCUGUUCAUUGUGUGGAGUCUUAACAACGACCGGGCCGCCAUGAAUGAAGGUCUCCUAGAACAUAGCAGACCAGCUUUCGUCUUCUAGCUGGCGCGAGAACCGUGGCGUCUGAAACGUGCUCUGUCGGCAGGGGCGGUUCUUGUGUGUGUGUGUGUGUGUGUGAGAGAGAGAGAGAGAGGCGCACACAAUUGUGCGUGACUGUAUUGAUUGUGUGCGAGGUUUUGCGUGUGUGUGUGUGUGUGUGUGUGUGUGCCGGCGAACGCGCGAGUUACGGUGGUGAACUCCCAGGGCGCAGUGCGAGCCAGCUAUUUCGGUUCCGAAAGACGAUCGUUCUUCUCUUCGUGGCGCGGAAAGUGAAAAAGAUAGACACGUUUUGUAAGUCCAUCACGGGCAGCGAGCGCUGAACUCGCUCUUCCACGCGACUCAGUGGGAGAAGGGUUUCGGAAGUCAUCACCGAUCCGCUUUGGAAAGCGGAGAGGAAGGCGGGGGAAGUGUCUGAGAAAGUCUAGCGAGCGCCGAACUUGCGCUUCCAGGUGAUUGCAGUUCAGGCAGGUUGUUGGGGUAGUAGGUAGGCCGUGGUUUCUGUCAUUCGUCUCCCACAAMGAUGGCGAAGGGGUCGGUUAGUCAGUCAUCUUCACUCGUGGCACGCGGAGGAGGGAGUGGUGGGACUGGCGGUUCUCGAGGUGGUCCGAUAGGCGGGGCCUCGCGUGGGAGCGCCGCGGCGAGUGGUCUUCGGAGGCGUCGUGUGAGCGCUGCCGCUGUGGGCGGUGGAGGUAAUAAUAUGCUUCGUUUCUACACGGAUGAUGCGCCCGGAUUGAAAAUCACACCGACGGUUGUCCUGGUUAUGAGUCUUUGCUUUAUUGGGUUCGUGACGAUUCUGCACGUAGUUGGUAAGCUCUAUGCGGUGAGGCCGGCUGCCUAGUUGUCUCACGAGAUACGUUUCUCAUAAUGUGCUGGCUUAUUGGCGGCUUGAGUGCAGCUGAGGACGCAUAUUGGGUGAGGGGUGGGUUCGACGAGUAUCGUGGGGAAACAUUGGCAGCAGGUCUGAAGGGGGGAAAAGCGGGGGUGCGGUGUGUAAUCUAAAGGGAGGUGGUGAUCCAUCUGUGCUCAGUCCUUGCUGUGCGGGCGAUGUUUCUGUGUUCGGGCGAAAGGCUGCUUUUGGGGCAUCAUCAUGACCUGGAAGCGCCGCCAUCGCCUAUGGAGACUGAAUACUCCUGCGCAUCUGUUCUUGUUGUCUUUUGAUAGGAUAGGGCUGAGUCGACUGGAGGUAAAGUGGAAUUCCACGACGGUGGUUCGGAACCAGUACUCUCCCGCUCUUAUUGGAUGCUGAGAUAUGUAGAUGGUUGUGAUGGCGCUUGUCGCGUCGCCUCUGUCAUCGCUGGCUGUUCGCCUGCCUAUCCGGUCCUUAUGCGCAGUGGCGGCUUAUUCUGCCGUUUUUCGUUUGUCAUCUCUUGAAAUAGGGCGAUGAGUUUCCUUUCUCUCGAUGGGUUUGAAGCCGUUGCUCAUGUCUUCCUUGCGGGCUCGGGCCGGUGACCUAGGGCACAUCCCGCCUAUUGCCCGCUCGGUCCAUGCGAGCAGGAACAAAAAAUGGCUGGCGGCGGCGACCUGGGUGGGGUGUGUGUGUCUGUUGAGAGAGAGAGAGAGAGAGAGAGAGAGAGAGAGAGAGAGAGAGAGAGAGAGAGAGAGAGGUGCUAUUCUAUUGUGUGAGAAGAGUCGGAAAUGGCAUGUUUAUGGGUUGAGGCGGUGGGUUCAUCCAAGCAGGGACGAUUACUGGACGAUUUUGAUUGGACAUUAUGGAGCUUGUCGAGCACUUACAUCUCGAAAGCGUGCUCCCAUGUUGAGAUUUUACAUGUUGAGAGUCUUGUCUCCAGAUAUCGGAUUAUCUCCUCUUCUUUUUCUCUUUUUUCCUUCUCCCUGCGCUCGGUAUUCCAUACUUAGGUUGGAGAGCCGUGUGAUGGGCAACCAUCUCGCAUGGUUCGACAACGCUAUUUGGGGCUUUGCUGCACUCGGGAUGCCUGGGCGUCUGUGUUCCCAGGUGGUGAUGGACUUCUGUCAAACUGACUCAUUCUUUGAAGUGAACAAUAGCCAAUGCCCGGUUGUUGGAAGUGCCUACAACACUAUUUAGGGCCUUGCUGUUUCCAGGAUGCCUGUUUCCCUCUGCUCCGACGCUGUGACAGAUCCUGCAACUGACUCUUUCUUAGAUGUGACCAAUAGACAAUGCGUGUUUGUUCGGAUUGCCUGUAACCUAUACUCUUGAAGAGUGCUGCUUGCAGUUGAGAGAAAGUAGGAGUCUGCUUUGAUCUCGACUGUAUGCGUGGACUGCCCAGUGGGCGUUGCCGUGCUGCAUGGAGUCCUUGUGUGCCAGCCUUGGAUUGCCUUGCCGCUCCUGCUGCUUGCCUGCUUGCUUGCCUUCCUUGCCUUGCUGUUCAUCUGCUCUCAUAUUCCGUCGCCUUGGUGCUCGCCUGGCUCUCCCAUGUGAUUGUUGGAUGGCGUGUCUGGCUGAUACUUGGCUUGCUGCUUUGUUGUCUGUUAUCGUGCCCUGCCUUCCUGCAAUCUGCUUUACUGCAGCCCCCUUCUGCCUUCUUGCUUGUUCACACCUCAAUGGUUGUUCACUUGCAACGAGGAUUGAAGUAAACUGUGAAAGCAUCA